AUAUAUAUAUAUAUAUAUAGUUCAAGUAGGAACGUCGAAACCUCUCGCCGCCGUUGCCUAUGUACUCCGGCACACAUUGUUUUGGUCUCUCUCUAUUACUAAUCCCAUAAGUUUCUCUCUCUUAAACUGUAAAGAGGAUGAUAUCGACGACGACGCCAUUGACGCCGCCGUCUCCUUCCACCACCACCACUAUAUCUAUUCCUUCAGUCGACAAAUUCAUCUUCCUAAUUGACAAUUCCAAGUCAAUCACUCGCCUUCUCCAGACCCACGCAGCUCUCUUCCGCCAUGGCUUCCACGACCACUCCAUUGUUAACUUCAAGCUCCAGCGCUCCUAUGCAGCUCUCGGCCGUCUCGACUACUCCGUCGCUCUUUUCCGCCGAACCCAAACGCCCAAUGUUUUCUUUUGGACUAAUAUUAUUCACGGCCACGCCCAAUCCGGCUUGAACGACCAUGCACUCUUGUACUAUACCCAAAUGUUGACCGAAGGCGUCGAACCGAAUUGCUUUACGUUCUCGGCGCUUUUGAAAGAUUGCCCACUUGGGCCUGGAAAAUCGCUCCAUGGUCAAGCGAUCAAAUUCGGGUUCGAUUUUGAUUUGUAUGUUAGGACGGGACUCGUUGAUAUUUAUGCGAGAGCUGGCGAUGUUUGGUCUGCACAACAGCUGUUUGUGACAAUGCCUAAGAGGAGUUUGGUUUCUUUGACUGCGAUGAUGACUUGCUAUGCGAAGCACGGGAAGCUUGAUGAAGCUCGGAUGUUGUUCGAUGAAAUGCGUGAGAGAGAUGUGGUGUGUUGGAAUGUGAUGAUUGAUGGGUAUACUCAGCAUGGGAUGCCCAACCAGGCUUUGUUGCUAUUCAGGAAGAUGUUGAGAGAGAGAAUAAAGCCUAAUGAAGUCACUGUGCUUUCUUUGCUAUCUGCUUGUGGUCAGCUUGGAGCUCCGGAGUCUGGUAAGUGGCUUCAUACUUACAUGGAGAGUAAUGGGAUUCGAAUAAAUGUUCAUGUGGGUACUGCUUUGAUUGAUAUGUAUUGCAAAUGCGGUAGUGUGGAGAAUGCUCGUCUGGUUUUCGAUAGCAUCCAAGACAAGGAUGUUGUGGCUUGGAAUUCAAUGAUUAUUGGGUAUGCAAUGCAUGGAUUUAGCCAAGAUGCAUUGGAAUUGUUCAAUGAAAUGCGUAAAAUCGGAUACAACCCUAGCGACAUAACCUUCAUUGGCGUCUUGAGUGCCUGCGCUCAUGCUGGUUUGGUCAACAAUGGCAGGGAGUUUUUCAGCUCAAUGAAAGUUGAGUAUGGGAUUAAACCGAAGAUCGAGCACUAUGGCUGCAUGGUAAAUCUUCUCAGUCGGGCAGGGCAUCUAGAGGAAGCUUAUGAACUCAUCAAGAACAUGAAAAUCGACCCCGAUCCUGUCUUGUGGGGGACUUUACUCGGGGCCUGCAAACUCCAUGGCAAUGCUGCUUUAGGAGAGGAAAUUGCAGAGUCUCUUCUAAGACAUGAUCUUGCAAACUCAGGGACAUAUAUUCUUCUUUCGAACAUAUAUGCUGCAGCUGGAAAUUGGGAAGGGGUGGCAAGAGUGAGGGGUUUAAUGAAAGAGAGUGGGAUUCAGAAGGAACCUGGUUGUAGCUCAAUUGAAGUGAAUAAUAAAGUACAUGAAUUCCUUGCAGGGGAUAAGAAACACCCCAAAAGCAAAGAAAUAUACAAGAUGUUGGAGGAGAUAAAUGGUUGGCUUAAGGCUCGGGGUUACACCCCACAGACAGAUAUAGUAUUACACGACUUGGGUGAGAGGCAAAAGGAGCAAUCUCUCCAAGUUCACAGUGAGAAGCUUGCCAUGGCUUUUGGGCUGAUCAGUACAAAGCCAGGAACAGCAAUAACCAUUGUAAAGAACCUUCGAGUUUGUUCGGAUUGUCAUGCUGUUACAAAGCUGAUUUCGAAGAUCACAGGAAGAAAGAUCAUAAUGAGGGACAGAAACCGGUUUCACCAUUUUGUCGACGGUUCUUGUUCUUGUGGAGAUUACUGGUAAUCUUGUUAUAUACUUAUUCUGUGUAUGCUAAUGUAAAAAAAUCAUUAGAUGCAACACUGGAAAUACUAUUGAAAUUUUAUAAAUAUGCACUGUUAUAUAUUA